ACCGCUCAAAACACGCGACCACGAACGCUCUGAGCACUAUAUCUCGCACAUUUUCCAAUUCUACUUCCAAUCUUCCACAUUCUACACAAUGGCGCCAAUAGAAAUCCCUCCCUCUGAGGAAGAACAUGUUAUAUGCGAGCCUCAAGGCGGGGCACUAAACACCCCGCCAGAUCUCCGGUUUCUACACUACAAUGAUGUUUACCACGUCGAAGCCGGGUCUAGAGAACCGGUCGGCGGCUAUGCGAGGUUCCAAACUUUGGUCAAUCACUAUAGGGACGAUGAGAAAUUCAAAGGCCAACCCAAGGUUUUGACCUUCUUCUCGGGAGAUGCGUUCAAUCCAAGCAUUGAGAGCAGCAUCACGAAGGGUAGCCAUAUGGUUCCCGUGUUAAACAAUAUUGGCACGGAUGUAUCUUGCGUAGGGAAUCACGACCUUGACUUCGGCGUUAGACAGUACCGCUACCUCACCUCCAAAUGCAAAUUCCCAUGGCUCCUCGCCAACGUCCUCGAUCCGGCCCUCGGCGACAAUGUCCCACUCGGAAACGCGAAGAAGACGGUUAUGCUGACCGCGUCAAACGGCAUCAAAGUCGGCGUCAUCGGCCUUGCGGAACGAGAAUGGCUUGACACAAUAAAUUCGUUGCCCCCAGAUAUCAUCUACAAAAGUGCUUCAUCUACGGCGAAGGAGCUAAUACCCGGACUGAAGCAGCAGGGCGCCGAAAUCAUUGUGUGUGUUUCGCAUCAACGAGAACCGAAUGAUAAUAAGCUGGCAAAGCAGUGCGGAGGAGACUUGAUUGACAUCAUACUCGGUGGCCACGAUCAUUACUACUCUUAUAGUUAUAUCAACGGAACACAAGUACUGCGGUCGGGAACAGACUUCAAGCAGCUGUCACACAUCGAGGCAUGGCGGAAACCAGAAGGCAAAGGCUGGGACUUCAAGAUCAUACGGCGCGAUAUUGUCAGCAGUAUACCACAAGAUCCGCAGGCAAUGGCGUUGGUAGAGGGGCAGACAAAAGAGAUCAGGAAGCGACUGGACAAGCCCAUUGGUUAUACGGCCGCGCCACUUGAUGCGCGCUUUACGACUGUGCGAACGAAAGAAUCAAAUAUCGGAAAUUUUGUAUCUGAUCUCAUGCGAUAUUACUACUCUGCCGACUGUUGCAUAAUGGCUGCAGGCACUAUUCGAGGAGAUCAAGUUUACCCACCUGGGAUUCUCAAGCUUGGCGAUAUUGUCAACUGCUUCCCCUUCGAGGAUCCUGUUGUUGUACUGAAAGUCACUGGCAAAGCAAUACAAGAGGCAUUGGAGAAUGGCGUCAGCAACUACCCCGCACUGGAAGGACGAUUUCCGCAGGUUUCCAACAUUACCUUUGAGGUAGACUAUUCAAAAGAACCAAUGUCGAGGAUACAGAACGUAACGAUAGGAGACGAGCCGGUGGAUCAUACGAGGGAGUAUAUACUCGCUACUCGUGGGUACAUGGGGCGCGGCAAAGACGGCUAUACAUCCCUCCUCAUCGAGGAAGAAGGUGGCGUUGCCAAAGAACUCGUCUCAGAAGAGAACGGAGUCCUCAUCUCCACCAUCCUCCGCCAGUACUUCAUGUCCCUCAAAGUCCUCGGGAAAUGGAAGCGCUGGCCCCAGUCCAUGAGCACCAAGUUCCUCUCCAUACAAACUAAUCUACAAGAAAACCACAGCCACACCUUUCACGAACCCUCACCAACCUCCACCACAUCUCCCCAACUCCCACAGCAUCCAAGCAUCGAUCGACUCGUAAACACGAGAGACACGCCGGAAUCCGGAAGUGAGUCCGAAGACCCAGAUGCAGAUGAAGACGAGAACGACGGUCCCAUGUACGACUCAAGAGUGCCAAUACAGUUCAAACAAAGGGAGAAGGAAGUAAUCAGAAGAGUGAUGAAGAAGUGGUGGCGCAUUGCCGGGUUGAAGGGCUCUCCUACAGCGUGUGAUGAGUUGGGAGACGACGAAUUUCAGGUCAAUUGGACAAAGGCCAUUGCGCCGAGGCUGGAGGGGCGGAUCAAGGAAGUUGGGCCCAAGAUGCAGCCGGAGGCAUGAGAUGAUGGGAAGGUGAGGAAACUGAUGAUGAUGAAUAUAAAGCAUAGACAUGUAUUAUGAAUCAUAGAUCAAAUGAACAUGUUUAUAACUACAUACCAACUCAGGUCCUAAAGACUCUUUACA